AUGGCCGACUCAGUAACCUUCGGAUCCAUUAGCCAUGGCCAGAUGUCGUUCCAUAACUGGCUUAUACAAUCGCGAUACGUGAACGGCGAGGACGAUGCGCAGGGGAGGCGGAGGAGAGGCAAGGCGCGCAGCACCAAGGGGGAAGAGCACGACCCGCGCAACGCUCAGGCGCAUUCUCACGCCGUGAUCGCCUCGUCCCUCAUGCUACCACCAGACGCUCUGCCGCUCUCAGGCAAGCGCAAGGCGCGGCGGUGGGUGAACGAGCGGCUGCUAAAGGACAUGGCGGGGCCGCUCACUGGGCCUGACGUCACCUCGCUUUACGCGCCGCCUCCCUGGGGCGAGAAGACGGAGAGGCCGGUGCUGGAGAGAUUGUCUGACGUGGCGCUCGCCACACCCUUUGAGGCCUUUGUGUGCCAGCAGUACCUCGCAGGGGCGACAUUCAACAAGCUUCCAUCCCGCAAGGCCAAGAGCAAGCAGUCUCAGGAGCAGGCGAGUAGCGGCACCCAGCAUUCGGCAGCAGCAGGUGCAGCAGCGAUGGCGGCAUCACAGGCGGCAUGGAGGCGCGUGCCGGAGGCAGCGAGAGGGGCCAUGCGGCGCGCUGCAGGCUGGGUGGUGGUGGGGACCGUUGAGGCUCUUUUGGUUGCAUUCCUGCAACCGCCACCUGCUGUUGCUGCUGCCACCACUGGCGCCACGAGCAGUCCAGGAGAGAUGAACGGUGAGGAUGGCAGGGAGGCCGACAGCAGCACUGUGCCAUGUGCAGCAGCCAUUUCUGGUCUUGAUGCAGCAGAACAGCAGCAGCAGGUGGAGAAGGAGGAGCAAGAGCAGGUGGCUGGAGAGGGGAUGGUGGAGGGGAGUGGGAGUGGAAGCGGGAUUGGGAGUGUGUUGCGGGAGUGGUGUGUGCAGGCGGCAUGGGGUGACGUAGAGAGUGCUUUGGAGGCACAUGGAGGGCAGACGAAGGGGGGUGUGAAGGGCGGUGCAGGUGCAGCAGAGGGGGAGGAGGACAGGGGGGCGAUGGGUAGGGGGGAGGGGGGAAGGCAGGCACAGCAUGUGUCAUGGUGGCUCAAUGUGCUAUAUCGCCGCAUCCGCUUCCAUCCUUGCCUCUUGCACUGCACUUCACAACCUCGCACUCCUCACAUCACCAUUUCCUCCUGCCAUUUCCUUCCUUCCUCUGUCCCCACAUUCUCCCUCCCCUAA